UCUCUGUUCCCUACCCUUUCCUCGCUCUCUCUGGUGCUGCCGGGUCUUUCUCUGAUCUCUCACUCUGUGCUUUCUGACCUCUGGCAACUGCCCUGUCUCCAAACAUCAUGGCAUCCUCUUUUCCCCCAGCAGCAGGAUGACUGUCUGGAGAAGGUGAUUAAGGACACAGAGUCGCUCUUCAAGAGCCGCGAGAAGGAAUAUCAGGAAACCAUCGACCAAAUAGAGCUGGAGCUUGCAACAGCAAAGAAUGACAUGAAUCGGCACCUGCAUGAAUACAUGGAAAUGUGCAGCAUGAAGCGUGGACUGGAUGUGCAGAUGGAGACCUGCCGCCGGCUCAUCACCCAGUCUGGAGACAGAAAGUCUCCUGCUUUCACACCACCCUCUAACAGUGAACCAGCCCUGAAUGAGGAUACCGAGGAGUCCAAUCACGACCUCCCAGCGGAUGCCUCUAUCAGAUAAUUUGAGAGGCCCUGCCCACUCCUGGCAAGGCAGAGAGCAGGAGUGUCUGAACUGUGGUUGGGAGAGACUGACAGGGAGCCACCAUCAGAACUCUAUCAAAUUCCUCCUCAUUUGGGGCAGGGGUGGAGAAUUUACCCAGAAAGGACAUGUUGUAAAUGAGAACAGCUAGCUAGAGCUGAGGGCCCUCACACAGGGUCCCCUUCCCUUUCCCCACCUCUGUCUUCGCCUCCCCCACUUGGAUCUUACUGGGGUUCAGACAGGGAGGAUCCAACUUUAUUAUAGCAGCAUCCCCUGGCACCUGUCUUCUGGGGACCACUGCCUCCAUCCCCUGUCCUGGUAUACUUGACCUGUCUCCCUCUGCACCCCUUGUGCUGCUCAGAAGUAGAACUGGAGCUGUGUCCCUCUGCAAACAUUGGUGCCAACUGGACCGAGUGCUGGACUCUCUCUCCCCUCUGUGCUCAUUGAACACUCCCGUGGUCCCUGCACCACAGCACACAAGGUACUGAGAGCCUCUUCUCUCCUUGGGGACAAGGAAAGGGCCAUUGGCUCCUGCCCCCUCCAUGCACUUUGCUUUGCUGUGCAUCUGUGGUGUGAUGACAGUGUGUACAUGUUUGUGAUGGAAAUGAGGACUCAUUAAAUGGGACAAUAAUGCCUUUUUCUACA